UGAUAAAAGCAGGAGGACUUUGACAGCUGCUUCUGAUCUGCAUUUCAGGAGCAAUGUGUUGCUCAUCUUAUUGUGGCUGGAUCAACACAUGACAGCUGUUUUCAGGGUAUAGAAAUAGUUUAAAAGACAACCAUGUUCAAACGGUGGCUGCUAGCCCUGUUGGCCCGUUUUGGUCUCAUUGCGCUGGGACUCUGCUGCUGUUUGUUGCUGUUCUAUUUCCUGGCUUGUAAACCUGCAUCAUACAGCAAACAGCAUUCACUGCUGUGGUCUGGAGGGGCCACCAGUAAGGAAAGAUACAUGGCUUUGUUGCAGGAGAGGGAGGACUCUCACAGACAUUACAUCAAUAGCCUGACAAAGCAGAUAGCCGAGCUGAAAGAGGCUCUACAAGACAGGACGCAACAACUCCAGGAGUCCCUGGCUAAAGCUAAAACUAAAGGGAUUUUGCCACAGGGCCUGGAGAGUCUGCACAAAAGCCCAACACAGGCUGACCUAAAGGAGUUCUUCCGCUCCCAGCUGAACCAGGCAGAGGUGAACUCAGGUGUGAAGCUGCCCAGCGAAUAUGCACUGAUUCCUUUUGACACUUUCACCCUGCAGACGGUUUACCAGCUGGAAACAGGGCUGACAAGGCACCCAGCCGAGAGGCCUGCAAGGAAAGAUCGCAGAGACGAGCUGAUUGGCACCGUGGAAACAGCUCUGCAUGUCCUGAACGGACCCCAACAACACACAGACAACACCAGGCGGAAGCAUACAUAUUCCCCUUCAGAUUUCAUACAGGGACUGACUCGCACAGAGCGGGACAGAGGAAGCGUCUAUGAGCUGACGUUUAAAGGUGACAGCCUGCAGGACUUCACACAGCUGGUACUCUUCAGGCCGUUCAGCCCAGUCAUGAAGGUGAAGAGUGAGAGCGUGAACACACGCAGCAUGAUCAUCAACAUCAUCGUACCGCUGACCAAGAGGGUGGAGGCAUUCAGGCAGUUCAUCGCCAACUUCAGGGAAGUGUGCAUCCAGCAGGACGGCAGAGUUCAUCUCACUGUUGUCUACUUUGGCCGUGAUCAGAUAGACCAGGUGAAAGCUGUGCUGGAUCAAACCACCAGGGAGACUCGGUUCAGGAGCUUCACAUUGAUUCAGAUGAAUGAGGAGUUUUCUCGUGGGCGCGGCCUUGACGUGGGUGCCAGAGCCUGGAGGCGGAGGCAGAACGUGCUGCUCUUCUUCUGUGACGUUGACAUCCACUUCAACGCUGACUUCUUGACUUCCUGUCGGCUGAACACAGAACCUGGAAAAAGAGUGUACUAUCCUGUACUCUUCAGUCAGUACAAUCCAUCGAUCAUCUACAGCAAUCACACACUCCUGCCUUCUCUUCAACAACAACUGGUCAUAAAGAAGGAAACUGGAUUCUGGCGAGAUUUUGGGUUUGGCAUGACAUGUCAGUACAAGUCUGAUUUCAUCAACAUUGGUGGGUUUGACCAUACCAUCAAAGGUUGGGGCUUGGAGGAUGUGCAUCUGUACAGGAAGUAUCUACACAGCAAGCUGAUGGUUAUACGUGCUCCGUCUCGCGGCCUUUUCCACUUGUGGCAUGAGAAAAUCUGUGAAGAUGAGCUUCCUCCAGACAAGUUCAAGAUGUGCAUGCAGACUAAAGCCAUGAGUGAAGCCUCACACGGCCAACUGGGGGAGCUCUUCUUCAAACGGGAGAUUGAGCUCCAUCUGAACUCCCAGAAACAGACAAACAGAGGGACCCGUUGAAGACGACGGACUCAGGGGUUGUGAUGAGAAACUAAUAAUUGCUGUUUAGUAUUAUUCUUAUUUAAGCAUAAUAAUAUUAUGGUAAUUAAAUAAUGUUUCUGGAAAAGAGUGAAACUGUUUUAGUCUAUGGGCACAAAAACUUGAGAAGAACUAACAUAAAAACAACUUG